CUUUCAUGUUGUAUGCUGGAGUCUGCAUGUCCGCGGACACUUGCGCACGAGAGCAUCAGCGCCCAGCGAGCUUGCGGAAUGCGGAGCUGUCAUGGUCGUACAUCUGCCGAGUGUCCGUAACUGAUAUCGGUAGCCUCCUCAAUUCUGGAAGCCUCUCAGAUCCCAGCGUCCUUGUUCGCGCUGACGUUCUCUAUGUCGCUUCUUUCCGCGGUGUUUCGCUUCAAAUUCUCUCCCACAAUCUCUUAUGCAGUCUCUUCCACGCCCUCUUGCACGCCCACAUCACCAGCAAUGAUUUCCUUCGGGUUGGCGGCUCGAGAGCUUAUUGCAGCCUUGGUGAGAGGUGUAGGUCCCACGUCGUGACUUGUCCCGACGACAGGUCUCGCAGUGCAUGCAUCUUCGUCUUCUGGGGGUGUGAGAUCGCUAUCUCAACUGCCCUCGAGCUACGACUUCCAUAUCCCGCCUUCCUACUCCACCUUCUCCAAAGCCGGCCACAUGUCGCAGACGUAGCGCUUCAUGCACUGGACGGCUCUCUUGGCGGCGAUUCCGAGGAUAGCGACUUCACAGAUGGUGCAAAUUUGAACGACGUGACGGAGGAGAAGCUCUGAACCGGAUCCACUGUGGUGAGAAGGUUGAUUCCACAGCUCAUCUCUGCAUCCCUGUGGCCUUCCAUCCCAGAUGCGAUUGAGUGAGGAUCGGGUCAUUUGCUGUGAGUUGAACUUGUCUUGGAUGAAGCAUACGAUAAGUGUGAUGUUGUAAUAAUCUCAACAGUCAUGAACAAUGACGG